UUCGUUACUACUUCCUCUACCCUUCGUCGCGCGCGUUCUCUCUUCUCUUCACAAUCAAUCGCUUCCCUUGUCGAUGUUUUAACGCUACAACACACCCCCACUUUUCCCUCUCUUCCUCCUCACUCUCCCAUUUUCUCUCCGGCAAUUCUUUUGACGGCCGUUCCUCCUCCGUCGCCGGAAAGAUUUCCCCACUCCAGCCAGCCCAGGCUAUCCAUUCACUGUAUGCUCCCAAACUUUCUUCUCAAUUUUCUCUCCUUUCUUCUCCUUCAAAUUGAUUAUUCUUUAAAAAUUGAUUUUUUUAAAAUCUCAUGGAGCGGAACCCUAACCCUUGCUCCGGGUCCGACUCGGAGCCUUGUCCAUUUAUGUCAAUAUCUAUCCGAGAUCCAUAGGUUUUGAAUCGGUCUUGUCGACCCGGUCAGUUUUUGAUAUAUUCGGGUCGGAUACGUUGCGGGUCCCGGCGGGAAAUCUCCAAUACAGAUCCGGUGAGCCUGUAUUGCGUUUUUCCUCGUAAAAAUUGACUCCAAUGAAGGACCGACCCGCUAAUUCUGGGCUUUUGGUGGAAAGUCAGGCUGAUGAAAUGGAUAUGUCGGAGGCAGUUAUAGUCAAAUCUAGCAGAUUGAAAUCCGUUGUGUGGAACGAUUUUGAUAGAAUAAAAAAGGGUGAUACAUUUGUUGCUGUGUGUAGGCAUUGUAAGAAGAAACUCAGUGGAUCAAGUACCAGUGGGACUUCUCAUUUGAGGAAUCACUUGAUUAGGUGUCAGAGAAGAUCUAAUCAUGGUAUAUCUCAAUUUAUUACAUCUAGAGAAAAGAAAAAGGAAGCAACACUGGCUAUCACUAAUUAUGUUGAUCCGGGGCAGAAAAAGGAUGAUGUUCUGAAUCUCGUUAAUAUUAGAUUUGAUCCAGAGCAAGUGAAAGAAGAAACAAAUAAUACCUUGAGUUACAAUUUUGAUCAGCGACGAAGUCGAUUUGAUCUUGCACGUAUGAUUAUCUUGCAUGGUUAUCCAUUGGCCAUGGUUGAGCAUGUUGGGUUCAGAGUAUUUGUGAAGAAUCUGCAUCCCUUGUUUGAACUUGUAACAUGCAACAGAGUUGAGACCGAUUGUUUGGAGAUAUAUGUCAAAGAGAAACAAAAAGUGAAUGAGUUAUUGGAUAAAUUGCCUGGCAAAAUCAGCCUCAGCGCUGAUAUGUGGAGUGCCACAGAUCAUUUGGAAUCGUCAUACCUGUGUCUCACAGCUCACUACAUUGACGAGUCCUGGCAGUUAAAUAAGAAGGUUUUGAACUUCAUGUUUGUUGAUCCUUCUCACACUGAAGAUUUGCAUGCAGAAACUAUCAUGGCAUGUCUGAUGGAUUGGGAUAUUGAUCGGAAGUUAUUUUCAAUGACAUUUGAUUGUUCCUCUACCAGCGACUAUAUCUCAUUACAAAUCAGAGACAGACUAUCACAGAAUAGGUUCCUUUAUUGUAAUGGUCAAUUAUUUGAUGUCAGCUGUGCAAUAGAUCUUCUCAAUUUGAUGGCUCAGGAUGCUUUGGAAGCAUUAUGCAACAUUCUCCCUAAAAUUCGUGAGAGUAUUCAACAUAUCAAACAGUCUCGAGAAGGGCAAGCUAAGUUUAACGAGAUAGCCGAACAAGUUAAAGUUCAAAGCCAAAAAGUUCUGUCUCUGGACAAUCCAUCUAUGUGGAACUCUACUUAUGUGAUGCUUGGUGCUGCUAUAGAAUAUCGAGAAGCAUUUUCCCUUUUGCGGGAAAAUGACCUUGGCUACACAGCAUGCCCAACUGAAGAAGAAUGGGGUAGGACUUGUACCAUUACUGGCUAUCUGAAGUUUCUUUUUGAAGUGACUAAUGUUUUAACGAAGGCCAACUUUCCAACUGCAAAUAUUUUCUUCCCUGAGCUCUGUGAUCUACACUUGCAGUUGAUGGAAUGGUCCAAGAAUUCAGAUGAUUAUAUCAAGGCAUUGGCAUUCAAGAUGCGAACCAAGUUUGAAGAAUAUUGGGAUAAAUCUGGAUUGGCUCUAGCAGUUUCAGCCAUGUUAGAUCCUCGGUUCAAAAUGAAACUAGUAGAAUACUAUUAUCCACAAAUAUAUGGUGUCGUCGCUCUACAAAGGAUUGACGACGUUCUGAACUGUGUGAAGGCGCUUUACAACGAACAUUCGAUCUGCUCGCCGUUAGCUUCCAUUGAUCAAGGCCUAGCCUGGCAAGUUGGUAGUAGUUCUGGCUCUUUGUCUGGUUCUGGGAAGGACGCAAGGGAUAGGUUAAUGGGUUUUGACAAAUUUCUUCAUGAAUCUUCUCAGAGUGAAGGGAGUAAGUCAGAUUUGGACAAGUACCUUGAGGAACCUUUGUUUCCUCGUAAUGUUGAUUUCAAUGUGCUGAACUGGUGGAAAGUUCAUACUCCUAGAUAUCCAAUUUUGUCCAUGAUGGCUCGUAAUGUGUUGGGAAUUCCCAUGUCAAAAGUUGCAUCAGAUUCUGCAUUUAAAACUGGAAGAAAAGUGCUUGAUCGAGACUGGAGUUCACUGAAACCAACUACAAUUGAAGCUUUAGUAUGUUCACAGGAUUGGAUACGGAGUGAAUUAGAGAGCUAAUUCGGCCACAUAACCAAGUCUGUCAAUAUUUAUUCAUUUUUGUCAAUCUUCCCUGACUAUUUCCUUUGUUUCAUCAUCUUUGUACUUUAUGUGUGGCCAUAGCCCCUCUUGUGCUGUU